UUUAAAUUAGUGAUUUUGGAAAGAGCGAUCUGAAUUUGGGGCUUGAAAUCCACGCGAUUGCCAUUGCCAACCAGUCCAAAACUUCACCGCUACAAUCGCGCUCAGAUUGCAUUUAGGCCUGAAUUUGUGCGUCGCUGGAUCCGAGUUCAGAUCCACUGCCUGCCGGUUUGGUUAAUUUUCUCUGCAGCACCAUUGUUAACAUAGGUCAGCAGGUUUGCUUUGCUUUCCUCUGUUAAACAAUGGCGCUGCCUUUUAUUUCAAGAAGGAAGUUAUACACCGCCUUGGUAUCGUUGCUUCUCGUACUGCAAAUUUGCUAUGGUUUUUACUUACCGGGAAGCUAUAUGCACACUUAUUCGACGGGAGACGAAAUAUACGCCAAAGUGAACUCUUUGACAUCGAUUGAAACCGAGCUUCCCUUCAGCUAUUACAGCCUUCCAUACUGCAAGCCAAUUGGGAAAAUAAAGAAGAGUGCUGAAAAUCUCGGGGAAUUGCUGAUGGGAGAUCAAAUCGACAGUUCUCCAUAUCGAUUCCGGAUGAAUCUAAACGAAUCUGUCUAUCUCUGCACAACUCCUGCAUUGACUGCGGAUGACGUAAAGCUUUUGAAACAGAGGACACGGGACCUGUAUCAAGUGAACAUGAUUCUCGAUAAUUUGCCGGCGAGGAGGUUUACCUACCAAAAUGGUUUCGAAAUUCAGUGGACGGGAUACCCCGUCGGGUACACGAUUCCUAAUAGCGACGAUGAUUAUAUCAUCAAUCAUCUUAAGUUUAGGGUAUUGAUUCACGAGUACGAAGGAGCCGGCGUGCAGAUAAUAGGUACCGGAGAUGAGGUUAUGGGCGUCGUUUCUGAAGCCGACAAAAAAAGAGCUUCCGGGUAUGAGAUCGUCGGUUUUGAGGUUGUCCCAUGUAGUAUAAAGUACGAUGUCGAGAAGAUGACUAAACUUCACAUGUACGAUACGUUCGAAUCCGUAGGCUGUCCGCAAGAACUCGCGAAGUCUCAGGCGAUAAAGGAGCAAGAACGAGUAUCGUUCACGUACGAGGUAGAGUUCGUAAAAAGCGACGUCAAAUGGCCGUCUCGUUGGGACGCAUAUCUUAAGAUGGAAGGCGAUCGCGUCCACUGGUUCUCGAUUCUAAACUCGUUGAUUGUUAUUUUCUUCCUCGCAGGCGUCGUUUUCGUCAUAUUCUUAAGAACAGUUAGAAGGGAUCUAACGAGGUACGAAGAAUUAGACAAAGAAGCUCAGGCGCAGAUGAACGAAGAGCCAUCCGGAUGGAAGCUCGUCGUCGGCGACGUCUUCCGCGAACCUUCCCAUCCAAAGCUACUCUCAGUGAUGGUCGGCGACGGUGUUCAGAUCGCCGGAAUGGCGGUCGUCACGAUCGUUUUCGCAGCUUUCGGUUUCAUGUCGCCGGCUUCUCGCGGUAUGCUGCUGACAGGGAUGAUUCUGCUCUAUCUUUUUCUCGGGAUAUCGGCCGGUUACGUCGGCGUAAGAUUGUGGAGGACAAUUAAGGGAUCGUCGGAAGGUUGGAGGUCGGUGUCGUGGUCGAUAUCGUGCUUCUUCCCCGGAAUUGUGUUUCUUAUUCUAACUCUCUUGAACUUCCUCCUUUGGGGAAGUAACAGCACUGGAGCCAUUCCCGUUUCGUUAUACUUCACGCUACUGUCGCUCUGGUUUUGCGUCUCGGUCCCGCUCACUCUGCUCGGCGGGUUUUUGGCGACGAGAUCGGACCAAAUUCAAUACCCUGUUCGAACAAACCAGCUCCCGAGGGAAAUUCCCGCACGAAAAUAUCCAUCAUGGGUUCUAAUUCUCGGCGCCGGAACGCUUCCGUUCGGGACCCUUUUUAUCGAACUCUUCUUCGUAUUGUCGAGCAUCUGGCUCGGGAGAUUCUAUUACGUUUUCGGGUUUCUACUUAUUGUGUUCUUGCUGUUGGUGAUCGUCUGCGCCGAGGUUUCUGUUGUCCUGACUUAUAUGGAGCUAUGUGUCGAGGAUUGGAUGUGGUGGUGGAAGGCGUUCUUUGCGUCGGGGUCGGUUGGGGUGUAUGUGUUCUUGUACUCGGUGAAUUAUUUGGUGUUUGAUCUCCGGAGUUUGAGCGGGGCGGUGUCGGCAACUCUUUAUCUCGGAUACUCGCUGAUUAUAGCGAUUGCGGUUGCGCUUUCGACAGGUACCAUCGGCUUCCUUGCUUCGUUUUAUUUCGUGCAUUACCUUUUUUCGUCUGUGAAAAUUGAUUGAGCUUUUUAGUAGAGUAGAGUGUGUUCUUGGCACUAUUUUUUUGCAAUGGUGGUCGAGAAAUUAUGUUAGGAUUUGUAGAUGGUAACGUCAUAACUUGCAGUCGUUACUCUGUCGUUCGGGAAUGUAUAUUUUUUAAAAGAAAAAUUAUCCAAAUUUUCAA